AUCGAUUUCUUUCUUUGUUGCAUUGUCCAUCUGCUUUGUGGUACAGUACCCUUUUGUCAAGCUCCAAGUUUGGUGCCAGAGUUGUCGUCGUGAUCACAUUACAUAAUUCUGUGUACCAACAAUCUCUCUAGAAGACCACAAGCGUUCGACCAUGGAUGGAAUUCGCCGUUCGAUAGGAAGAGUUAUCGUGCCCAUUCUGCUCGUCUUGUCCUCCUCCUCCAACGGAUUCCAGAAUCACAUUCAUCAGUACUACCACACCACGGCUCUGGAGCGAAAAAGCAGCAGCAUCAGCAAGAAGAUUGCAGCCACACGGUUGUACUCGAAUACCCCCAACAACAAUCCAUUUUCGUCAUUACUGGGAGAUUUUGCAUCGUCCAUCAUGGGCCAGGGAGAUUCCGUGUCGGCCAAUGCCAAUUUGGAUGCCACACUCCAGGGUAUUGCCACGGUCGGUUGGUCCGAGAUUCGAUCCCAACUCGAAUCCGUACAGACACCCGAGGAACGUCAGUUUCGAGACAGUCUGGCAUUGGGAUAUGGAGUCGGGUCGCCCAUGAACAAAAUUCGGCUCUAUGAUGAAUCCAACAAAGAAGAGGAUAUCCGAGUCACGUUCUACCGGGAUCAUGCUUCGUGGUGUCCCUACUGUCAAAAAGUCUGGUUUGCAUUGGAAGAAAAGAAAAUCCCCUAUCGCGUCGAAAAGGUCAACAUGAAUUGCUAUGGCGACAAACCACGAGAAUUUCUACGUCUACAACCCAAUGGACAAAUCCCUGUGGCCAUUAUUGAUUCGCGUACAUAUGGCCAAUCCAAUGACAUUCUGGCGGUCCUGGACAGUCUCUUUCCCGAACACAAAUCCCUCCAACCACCAGCCGGGCAAGAACGAGAAGCACGGGAACUACUCAUGCUGGAACGCACAUUGGCGGGUGCCUGGUUGGGAUGGCUUCGAGGAGGUGGUGGUCGACGAAACAUGGAAAACAUUUUGGGGCAAGUGGAAGGAGCCUUGAAAGCAUCUGGUGGUCCCUUCUUCAUGGGCAAGGAUGUGAGCAUUGUAGAUGUUCAGUUUCUUUCCUUUCUUGAACGCAUGUGUGCUUCUCUCUUAUUCUUCAAAGGGUUUGUGAUUCGAGUUCCUCCUGGAACAGAUAGUCAAAACAAUCCAUACCCUGCCAUCAAUCAAUGGUUUGAUGCAUUGGAACAAAAGCCAUCCUACCAGCUCACAAAAAGCGACUACUACACACACUGCUGGGACUUGCCACCGCAACUGGGAGGCUGUGGUCCAGAACCCGAAGGUGAGCCGUAUCGAAAGGCAAUCAACGGUGAGCGCAGUCUGGACGGAACUCAGGGUAGCUGGGAGUUUCCGCUACAACCUCACAAUGGCGGGAUCGAACCGGACUGGAUGUGGGCCGGGGAUGAAGCAGCGGCAAAACGAGAAGCAGUAGAACGACUAUCUUUCAAUCAUCAAGCAAUUGUCAAGUUUGCUGCCCGUGGUGCAGGUAAAAAGGGCAUGCCUCCGGUCAUGGCACCUUUGGCAGAUCCAAAUGCAGUUCCCAGUGAAGCUGUGCAAACUGGAGUAGAAACAGUAUUGCAAACUGUCACAUUGGCCAUGCUGGAUGGUAGGGAGACACACGAGGACACCAUGUCAAAGCUUGCACAGGCAGUCGUGCAACAGGGUGGCCAAGAGUAUGCGGAUGGACUCAUCUCAAGCUUGUCCUAUCUACGAGAUCGUGUAGGAGUUCCCCGUGACAUGAAACUUCCUGCAGCACGUCAGCUUCGUGCUCACUUGAACUGGGCCAUUGGAAAGAUCCUAAAUGCACAGAGUUCCUAAUUAGCAAACAUCCAAACUGUUAAGGAAUGAUAUCAAUCUAGGCGUGUUUCUAUUAUUUCAGUUGAUGUUUUAUAUUCCACAUACGAGCCGUGGAUUCAGGCAGAUCGUUUGUUGACUUUCGGGGCUUCAGCUCUACUGGUGAAUGACCCUGAACAUAGCCUCAGCAUCGAUUGCGCUAUCAAGACCUUUGGCAUCCCGAAAGGCAAGCUUCAGAGACCACCAAACGACGAUACAGCGAGCCAUGUCAUCUCCCACACACUUCACCAUUGUAAGCCAAUGCUGGCUCUCAUGGACUGUAUGAGGAGCAAAUGUAACCAAUAGCAGGACCAUGCCAAUAGCUCGAUUAGCGUCGUUGAGCUUAUCCUUUGAACCAAUCCUUCGUUGCACCGUGUUUUCAGCCCAUUCCCAAAUGCACUCAUCGGUCGUGCACGUUGGCGGUGGUGUGGUAGAGGGGUCUUCCAAUAAACGUUUCAGUAUCUUCUUGGACACAAUGGACUGCCCUAGCAGUUUCUCCUUCCCGUAUUGUCCCACCCAAUCCUUCACCCGUGCCAUCGCGAGGGCUCGUUCCAAGCCGGUCAAGAAAACUCCUUGGAGAUGGGGAGCUACCGGGGAGAACGAUGCAAUGAUGCUGGAAUGGUCAGACGUAGCAACACUCAAGUCGUCGUCGUUGUCUUCUUCUGGGAAGAGACUCGAGGUCUUCCCCGCUUCGCAUGUGUUGCAUCCGAUAAUGGGAACGAAGCGGGCGAUCGAGCAACGGAAACCUCUAGUCACAUCCGCGGCAAGGAACAACUCGUCGGUGCGCAGUCCCUCUCCCAAGAUGGCCUUUGAAACACGGUUCAUGUGGGUAACAAGAAAGAUCACCAACGCAAUCUCUGCCUUGACCGCGUCGGUCAGACGAGAAAAGCACUUUUUGGAGUUUAAAGAAGGGUGUUCGCUCUCUGGGCCUUUUGCUGUCAUCGUAGCCAAUACAAGUCUUGCAUAGCCAAUAGCCUGCGUGUGCUUCUUGCAUCCCUUUCGUCCAAUAUUAUCCUUGUCGUCGUUAUGUUUGCAGGUUGCACCGUGUUUCGCCCCCACAUCUCCUUCUUCCAUUUUGAUAGAGAGAGGGUACCGGUAGUCAUGUUCUUCACAGACAAUUUUUGCAACGGCUUCCUUCGUCGUCAUGCAAAGAUCUCUCGUGACAAGCAUGGUUUCAUACAUUAGAGACCACAUCCUGGCAAAGAUAUCGUCAUCUGCACAGUGUAAAGUGAUAGGGUUGCCUCUACCUUGGGACAUCACUUUGCCAUUAGGUAAACUCGACUUGAUGGAACGGCGAGUUGCCUUUGACAAUUGAGAUUUGUGGUUCUGCAUCAUAGAGGAUUGUGAGAUAGAAGCUGAUAGAUGAGAGCCCCAAUUUGUGAGCUUAUUGAUUGGGUCGAAAGCUGGGCUUUGCUCGGAGCUCGGAGGAUACUCGUUCCUGGGUUU